AUGCAGCAAUCAGUGCUUCACAGUGUUAUUGUUGAWAAUACCAAGUAAAAUACYAGMUUACAACUGUACUAGAAUUUCUAACUAGAAUGAUGUCCUAUUAAUAAUGCUUACGGAAAAACAAUCUGAAAUAUUAGAAAAGAUUGCUAAAGGGCAUAAUGUAUUUGUGGGAGGCCAAGCAGGAUCAGGGAAGUCUUUCCUACUGAAGGAAAUUGUAAARGUACUGAGAGGUCAAGAUAAAAAGGUGGACAUAUUAUAUCCGACUGGUAUUUCGUGCACUGUUUACGAAUUACGUCCAUCUCCUGUGCACUCAUUUUAUGGACUUGGCACGGCCCAAUUGCCAGGUUUGAUGGUAGUAGAACAUGCUCUGUCAAACAAUCUGGUUCGUGAAUGUGUAAUGGAAUCAGAUGUGCUGAUAUUUGAUGAAAUUAGCAUGAUUAGUAGGAGAAUUUUUGAGCUUGUUAACGGAAUCAACCAUGAAUUGUGCAAUCAAGAAUCGCCUUUUAAGCUAUCACCAUUUGCCGGGAAAUAGCUCGUUUUGGCGGGAGACUUCUAUCAACUUCGACCAGUGCCCAACGCAUUUGACAGCGGUAGAUUUGUUUUCGAGUCUGAUGUUUUCAAUGAGUGCGUGGUACAUAAAGAAGAACUGCAACAAAUAUUACGACAAGAUAAAACGGAAAUCCCUUUUUUGAAUUGUUUAGCAGAYAUUCGACUUKGGCAGUGUAGUACUAACACCGACAAGAUCAUGCAAGAUUUGUCAAGGCCUUUGCCAGAGGAAAUAGCCCAUGACGCUGUCCAUAUCUUUUUCAGAAGACUACCGAUGCAAUUCUAUAACUUGGAGAGAGUAUUAUCCCUUCCAGGAGACCUUAUCAAAUUGGAUGCCAUCGACAGCGGAGACACGUUAGGGAUGAACUGCAUUGCAGAGAAAGUGAUUUUGUUGAAGUCUGGCUGUAAGGUUAUGCUAUUAUGGAAUAAAUCUGAUACAUUAAAAAACGGAACCGCUGGUGUUUUUGUUCGGAUGGAAGAAGACCAUAUGAUCGUGAAUUUCCUGGAGAAUGGGGGAGUAGUUUCUCUUCACAGAGAAACUUGGCAUAGAAGAUCACGCACUGGUGAGAUUUUCGGUACUAGAACUCAGUACCCAACUACACAAUACUAUGGAGUUACUUGUCACAAAUCUCAGGGUCUUACAUUGCCUGCAGUCGUGAUACAUUGCUCGAAGGAAUUUGUACCAGGACUACUGUAUGUCGCCCUUUCACGAGUGAGAUGUCUGGACAACAUCCAAGUUCUCGAUUUUUGCUCUAAUAAACUGCUUCCGCCAUCUCAGGACGUUAUUGGCUUCUUUCAGGAUAAAUCCAGUUCAGUUGAAUGUGAGGCACAAGAGUGUAUUGGAAGAAACAGACAAAUGGAGGUGGAGAGAUUUGCAAUAUCAGAUAGAUGUGAUGAUAUUUGUUUUUUUUUUGACGACUUUAUUGGGAAUAGACUAAUGACAAUAUGA